AUCAUUAUUACUUGCACCUAUUUCGAAACACUUAUCGUUACCAUGAUACGUAUUUAAACCUCUUACUCUUGACAUCAUCUAUACAUAUUAGGAGAGAUAAAGAUAUUGUGAGAGACACUUUAAAUUAUCCAUCGGCUACCAAAUAGGCAUCAAACAUUAAAGUGACUUUCCAUUCAACCUCAGAUAUACAGAAUUGUCAGCAUCUAGUUUAGUACUUUAGUUAUUAUAAUAGCGAAAAUUGCCAUAAUUUUAUUCAACCAAUGUAGAUAUGUUCAAUAUAUCUUGAAAUUAUUAAGAAGGAACCUGAAAUAUAAAAAAAUCUUAAAAGACAAACCAUAAUAUGACAAUGAAAGGACAAAUAUUUGAUUCUAAUUGCUUAACGCUAACACGAUAUGUUUUGGCAGAACAGCGAAAAGCGCCAAAUGCCACAGGUGAUCUCACACAAUUACUAAAUAGCAUUCAAACAGCUGUGAAAGCGGUUAGUUCAGCCGUAAGAAAAGCUGGUAUUGCCAAUAUGUACGGAAUAACUGGUACAACAAAUGUCCAAGGCGAAGAAGUCAAACAACUAGAUAUAUUAAGUAACGAACUUUUUAUUAACAUGCUUACCUCUUCAUUUACCACUUGUCUACUUGUUUCUGAAGAAAAUCCAACAGCCAUUGAGGUACAAAUGCAAAACCGCGGAAAAUACAUUGUGUGCUUCGAUCCGCUCGAUGGCUCUUCAAAUAUUGAUUGCCUUGUCUCCGUUGGUUCAAUAUUUGGUAUUUAUAAAAAAAUGGAUGAAUCUAAACCUGUUAGCCAAGCAGAUGCUCUUCAGCAAGGCAAGCAUCUAGUAGCGGCUGGUUACGCAUUGUAUGGCUCAGCAACCAUGAUGGUACUGUCUAUCGGUCAUGGAGUUAAUGGAUUCACUUAUGAUCCAGCUAUUGGAGAAUUUAUACUCACUGAGAAAAAUAUGAAAAUACCUUCUAAAGGAAGAAUAUAUAGUAUAAAUGAAGGAAAUGAAAAAUCGUGGAGUAAUGCCAUUAAAGAAUACAUUGAUUUAAAAAAAAAACCAUUAUCUGGAAAACCAUAUGUAGCUCGUUAUGUGGGUUCAAUGGUUGCUGAUGUUCAUCGAACUAUCAAAUAUGGAGGAAUUUUUAUGUACCCUGCUAUAAAAGAUAAUCCUAAUGGCAAACUUCGUUUACUUUAUGAAUGCAUUCCAAUGGCAUAUAUUGUUAAAGAAGCUGGUGGUGCUGCAUCUAAUGGAGAGAUUGACAUAUUAGAUAUUGUACCUGAAGAUAUUCAUCAAAGAUCACCUAUUUUUCUGGGUUCUAGUGAAGAUGUUGCAGAUGUAUUGAAUUGCAUUAAGAGGUGUAAAUAAAUAUUUAUGUAGACUA